AUGUUUGAAGAGUCCCAUAUUGCUGCAUCAUGGACUGCUCCAGGAUACUUCGCAUUUACGUUAGUAAUCAUUAGAAAAAGAGUGAAUUCAACACUCCUUGAUCACCGAAUUAAAGUAUGUACGCAAGAGCGAGUAGCAGGUGCUGUUGUGGCAGGUUGCCCACAAAAAAUCGUUGAUUACACUCCAACAGCCUGUUCUAAAGAAGAAACAAUCACCGAAGAAGCAUCUGGAAGUUCAAGACCAGUACUGAAAACUACCACAAUGAAAGCCGGACCCAGGACCCAGUGCCAACCUCUGAAAAAGAAUGGAAAAAAGUUGUUCAAGGAUUUUCAGCACGGUGAAUUUAGUGGCACGGGGCGGGUCGAUACCCUGAGGCCCAGUCAUCGCUUAACCGGUCCCUGGAUGCACGGACAGACCGGCACUCGUCCGGACCAGUGCAAGAUUCCAAGUCUUGCACCCAUGGCACACUUCCUGAUCGGGGUUCGAAGGGGCUGGUCUCUGCUUUAA